AUGCCCAAGUCUUAUGUCUCUUUCCACGACCCUAACGAGCAUGAUGGCCCCAAGAGCCUGUCGCGUUAUCCAACUUCUUCCCCCUCUUCGCCAGAAACGCUGCGUAAAACCAGGUCCCCUUCGUUUUCCUCGAGUGAACUGAGGACCCGAUUACCACCUCCUUUGAGUAUGCCUUCCGAACCUACGGAGACAACUGGAUUGCUUGGAGCCGGCGACGGGUCGACGAGCAGAUACACUGAGAACAGGGGCCAGUCGUCGCGAUCGAGACAGUUGUCGAGGGUGAACAGUUCUACCGGAAGUUUGCGCAGACGGAAAGACUACAAUGCACGGCCGUCUGGCGCGAGCAGCCCAGUAUGGAUGAGGAGUUCGGGGUUCCGAACGCCGAAACUACACCAGUCGAUUAUGGGAUCAUUAUCAGAAGACGACAGGCUAUGGUAUGAUCAGUUCACCUCGACGGAUUGGGUUCACGACAGUAUUGCUGAUGGGUACCGAGUCUUGGAAAUGAGGAAGUUGAAAGGCUUUCGAGGUCGUUUAUGGCGCUUCUUUGAUUCCACUCAAGGCUGGAUCCUGAUGGUUCUCAUCGGGGUUGCUACUGCCUGCAUAGCCUAUCUCGUCGACGUGACCGAGUCCGCCAUAUUCGAUAUCAAGCGCGGCGUUUGUCAAGACACCUGGUACCUUGGGCGAGACAGAUGCUGUUCGGGGAAACGAACCUGCGAUAAUUGGAAGACCUGGUCAGAACUCAUCUCUGUUUCGACCGUCGGUGAUACGACAAUCGAGUAUCUCGCGUUCAUAGUCGGGUCCAUGGCAUUAGCAGGGCUGUCCUGCUUUAUCACAUUGUACUCGAAGACUAUAGUGCCGUCGAACAUCGCCUCGACCUUGGAUGAAGAUCUCGGUGCUGUCAGGACGGACGUCAAUCACGGCUCUGAUGAGAACAAGCCCGGUUCUGUUCAAACAGUGAAUGACCAGGAUGUUUCCCCUCCCAGCGUUUACUACGCCGCCGCUGGCAGCGGCGUUGCCGAAGUGAGAGUCAUCUUGAGUGGCUUUGUCCUCCAUGGGUAUCUCGGGUUCCGAGUACUCGUCCUGAAAACUGUUGGCCUCAUUCUGAGCGUGGCAUCUGGCAUGAGUCUUGGAAAGGAAGGCCCAUAUGUCCAUAUUGCAACCUGCGUCGGAAACAUCGCCUGCCGUCUGUUUUCCAAAUACGACCUGAAUGAUGCUAAGAGAAGAGAAGUACUUUCGGCGAGUGCCGCAAGUGGUGUUGCGGUCGCGUUUGGGUCACCCUUGGGCGGAGUUCUUUUCAGUCUGGAGGAAGUCAGCUACUAUUUUCCCCCGAAGACUUUGUUUCGCACAUUCUGCUGUUGCAUUGUGGCGGCACUGUCCUUGAAAUUCCUCAAUCCGUAUGGCACCAACAAGAUCGUCCUUUUUGAAGUCAGGUAUUUCUCUGAUUGGCAUUAUUUCGAGCUGUUCAAUUUUGCUUUUCUCGGCGUCGUGGGAGGUCUUGCCGGAGCGCUUUUCAUCAAGGCGUCUCGAUUUUGGGCCACCACGUUUCGUCGGAUACCCGUCAUCAAACGCCAUCCUCUGCUGGAGGUUCUUCUAGUUGCUCUUGUCACCGGUGCCGUCGGCUUUUGGAACCGCUACACGCGGCUCUCCGUGACCGAGCUUCUCUUCGAUCUGGCCAGCCCUUGCAACCAGGAUACCAGCACUGGACUUUGCCCGAAAGAGGACGAAGUCCUGUCCGUGAUCAGUUAUCUGGGCUGGGCAUUCGUCGUCAAAUAUAUCCUCACCAUAAUUACCUUUGGUCUCAAGGUUCCCGCAGGCAUCUACGUGCCUUCGAUGGUUGUGGGUGGCUUGAUGGGGCGCAUGGUCGGUCACUUUACGCAGUAUCUUGUGCUGAGAUAUCCUGCCUCUUUUCUGUGGAGUGGGUGUCAGGCGUCCGACAACAUGGAGGCUUGCGUGACCCCCGGCGUGUAUGCCCUCGUCGCUGCGGGCGCUGUCAUGUGCGGAGUAACACGUCUGUCGGUGACGCUGGCGGUGAUCCUCUUUGAAUUGACGGGGAGUCUAGAUCAUGUACUACCAUUCUCGCUUGGGGUUCUCUGCGCCAAAUGGACUGCAGACGCGGUGGAGCCACUCAGCAUCUACGACCUUCUGACAGACAUGAAUUCGUAUCCUUUCCUCGACAACAAAGGCAGUCCCGUGUUCGACUCUGAACUAGGCGACAUUACGCCCCGGUUUCGACGGGACGGAGUGAUCGACAUCACCUUGUCGCCUCUGGUGAAGGCGAGUGAUCUACGAACCAAACUUCGUCGAACACAAGACCUCGGCGAACUUGACGGCGGUCUGCCUAUCAUCCGAGACAAGGUUCUGGUGGGUCUCAUUCCAGCUCCGGACCUGGAAUUUGCCCUGGACAGGAUCGAGGACGAGGACAGCACGUUGUGCCUGCUUUCCACCUCCAACCACAUCUACAAUACGCACAACCGGUGUUGGGAUGCGUUCGAAGAAGCCGGGUACGAUUCAGGACGUGAGUCAGAUGGCGAGGAACCCUCCACAGCAAAUCCGGUAGAACUCACCCCCUAUAUCGACCCUGCGCCUGUGGCCUUGGACAUGCAUUCGCCCAUGAACUUGGUGUAUCAGUGUUUCGUGAAACUCGGAUUGAGAUAUAUAUGUGUCUUGAACGAGGGCGAGUACAGAGGCAUGGUGCAUAAAAAGGCAUUUGUCAGAUAUGUCAAGGCCUUGGAACAUUCGCCAAAUCAUCGAGGAGUCGCCAAUUGA